UGCAGCUGGCAGGUGGGGUGGGGGCCGGCCGAGCUGACCACGCACAGACCCGGCGCGGCGGCACUGCGGCCCCGGGGCAGCCGGUGCCGGGGACAUGCGCUGAUUCGAUCCCUCCGGAGAAGUUUCCUGAGUUUCUGGGAAGGCCUGGUUUCCCCAAAGGAACAAUUUCUGGUAGAAGUCUGAAGGUCUGACCCAAGAAAAAAAUUCAGUAUAGCCAAUGAAUUGAGGACAAGAAGGUUUCCAAUCAGCUCCUGCUAUGUGGAUAUUUGUUAGCAAUGACUGAUGUGGAAACUACAUAUGCAGAUUUUAUUGCUUCAGGAAGAACGGGUAGAAGAAAUGCAAUACAUGAUAUCCUGGUUUCCUCUGCAAGUGGUAACAGCAAUGAAUUAGCCUUGAAAUUAGCAGGUCUUGAUAUCAACAAGACAGAAGGUGAAGAAGAUGCACAGCGAAAUUCAACAGAACAAAGUGGGGAAGCCCAGGGAGAAGCAGCAAAAUCUGAAAGUUAACACCCCACUUUGAUCUUCAUCAACACCUGACAAUGUCUCAAAUCUCCAGGCCUGGCUGGAAUGCAUUUAUUUCCAAGAGUGAAAAGGGGAAAAAGAAAAUGGCUGUGCUGCAUUGCAGGAACCUGCUUGUUAUGUUAAAAAUGGGGGCAGAGGCUGUGGCUGCAGACAGACUUUUCUCUACCUCUGGCAUCAGCAAUGGUUGAAAUCAUGUGGCUUGUGUUUGGAUGUCAUUUUUGUACGGAUCCUUUCACUUGACCAUAUGAUUAAAUGCUUGUAGAGAGUAGCACCGACCUAGGUGAUGAUUCUUCCUGUAGCAUCUGGCCCCUCACAAUGUCAGAGGAUUUAAUUGUGUCUAAUCGCAAAGGGUUGGUUGAACCCCAGAGUUUAAAUAUCUCUGGCCCAAGUAUUCACCCAGUAAAAGAACCAUCCAGAAAGCACUGUUUUUAGCAUUAUGUAUCUGUGUGUUCCUGCUGUGUUAUUUACACUGUUUUGUAUUAUACAAUAUAGAUGCUCAGCACUGCCCCCUUCUUUGAUUGCUUAUGAAAAACAAAAAUGAUGUACGUUACUGUGAAUUUUUAUACUACUCAUUUUUAAAAGGGCUGCCUAAAAAUUCUGCUCCAUCGUGUGGUGGUGUGCACAGGAUAGAACCCACAUUUUUUUUUUUUUUUCUUUUGCGGUACGCGGGCCUCCCACCGCUGCGGCCUCUCCCGUUGCGGAGCACAGGCUCUGGACGCGCAGGCUCAGCGGCCAUGGCUCACGGGCCCAGCCGCUCUGCGGCAUGUGGGAUCUUCGCGGAGUACCAGGGCACGAACCCGUGUCCCCUGCACCCGCAGGCCAACUCCCAACCACUGCGCCACCAGGGAAGCCCUGAGAGCACACGUUUUUUAAAACCUAAUCUUUCCCCUUAAUGCACAGCUGAUGAAUUAAGUCUAACAGAUUCAUCAAAACUCCUUUGCUUAUUAUACAGGCAUUUGAAAAUAUCCAUUAAUGUGAAUAUUACCUGAAUUCAGUCUGUUUGGUGUCUACACAGACCAGAAUUCAAACUGCAAAUUUUGUCUUAUUCCCAAGUGGAGAACUUUUUCCAACGUAUAUUUUUAUUUCCAAUUAUGAGGAUUUCUGAGAAUUGGGGAGAUGGGAAAGAGAAUACAAGAUAAUACUAAGCAUGGGACAUAUUUUCUUCUAUGGAAUCAAAUUUAUCACAGUGCUGUAUGAUACUAUUAAAAUUUGGAGGACAGUUUAUCUCCACGGAGCAGCAAAAGAUGUAGAAAAUGAUCUUGCAAUCAUGUGGACACCAAUCACAAAAGUAAAGCCCUUGUGUUGUGUUUUUCAUGUCUUUUUUCAGCCCUAUCAGAUCCAAAUGUUAUUAUGCACUUUCUAAUGUUUGUAAACUUUUACUAAUAAUUAGUGUGAAUUCCAUUCUGAUACAAUAAUAAUCAUCAUUAGAAGCUGACAAAAUCUUCAUUAAUACUGUUAGUGACCUCUGCUGUGUUUUGACAUCGUGGUUCUUAUAUGGAAAGUUUCUAUGAACUGUGUAAUCUCACUGGUCAGUAUUAUGAAAUCAUUUCUCAGUGGUAAUAUAUAAGGCACCAGUAAUAUGCCAAUGGCUCAUGAAUUACUGGACAAAUGGCAGGCAACAGGAAGACCCUUUGCAAUAAAGACCCCACUUAACGGUCCUUGAGGUCUUAGAUACAAUCCCAUGUGAAGUAGGUUAAGCAGCAUUUCAACAGAUAAUCUAUAUGGACAUACCAGGAACUCAGCCCUCCUUUGUAGUUACAUAAAGGAUGAAAGGUAAGUCUGCCCUCAUCUCCCUUUACAGUACUUUUUGAAUGAGUGGAAUAAGGGCAUGGGUAUCACAUGGUCCUCAAUCACAUAUUACUAGAAAAAAUGUUAACAGUGUGAGUCAUUGAGACAAUAGGAAAGAUUAAAUUUUAGAGUACUUCCUUCUGCUUAACCCAGUAGGAUCCAAAAUGUCCAGUUAACGUUCAAACAAAUCCACCUAUUAAUAGACUCACAAGUGGGAAAAGAGGUUCCUGGGGCUAUGUUAGACAAUUUCUGCUAGUCUAUUUAGCACAUCCAACCCAUACAAUCACUUUUUAAUAUCCUUAUUUAUUAUCCUCAUAGCUUUCUUGUGAUUCUAGGUAAAGUUCUCUUCAUCCUUAAAAUUGUGGAAUUCCAAACUGAUUUCAUGUGAUUUUGUAAAGUUUAGGACUAGUGCUGAGUGUAUGUGGAGUAUUUAUAUUCCUGUGUGAUAUACUAUUAUUAAUGCAUGUGGUAUCAUGCCUGUCUUUGAAUAUAUAAUAGUUGCUAAAUUGUGAAGUCAUAUGGAGCUUUUGAAUUAUUUUUGACCUCUUACUGCUACUUUGUCUGCUAUAUUCAAAUCCAGAGGUUUUCCCAAGCCAGAAAAUAAAAAUUAGCUUUCCAAAACAUUCACAUCCUACAAAUGUUGCUCAGCAAAAGUUCAUAGUAUCUUCCAAAUUUUAUCAUAAUAUCUUUUACUUGCAAGUCAGUAACAUACAAGGAAUUGAAUUUUUAAGGAGAGAAGGAAAGAGUAGAAAACUAAGACACUGAUUUGAUAAUACACAUUGAAUUCCUGUUAACCAACUGACUUUAUGCUAUUCACUUCACAGCACAUAUUAUCCCAUUUAAUCCUCAAACAAUUCAAUUAAAGAGGUAGCGUUAUUCCAUUUCAUAAAUAAGGCUCAAUAAAGUAUAACUUUUACAAGCUUGAAAAGCUAAUAAAUGAUGAAUAAAAUUUGAAACUGUUUAUCUGUCUCCAGGGAGCUUUCUACUGCACGCGCCCUAAAGUUGAAGCCAGUUACAGAGCAUGUUUAUCUGGAAGGGAACUUUUAGAGAUGGACUGAAUCAGCCUCCAUAUUUUAGAGGAGGAAACUGAGUCCCAGAAAGGGCAAUUGUUUUUCUCAAGGUUACCUAGAUGAGCAAUGACACAUAUGUGAGUAGCACUUUUAUCUAAAAAAUAAUAGUAAUAAAUUUAAUGUCAACUUAUUUUUUCGUGUUAUACUUCCCAGAAGACAUUUUUUUCUGACAUGGAGUCUGUAAACUUAGCAUGGUUCAGACUUUUUAUGUUCCAUGCUACUCAUUUUGUUUAAUUAACUAGAAAUUGAAAUUUUCCGUUUUUCAACUUAUUUGCAACAAGUGUAAACUUUUCAAAUUUACCUUUUAUCAAUUGUAAGUGUCCUAUGCUGACAUAUUGAUAUCAUAAAUUCAUAGAAAUGUUUUUCCAACAGAUAAUAGACAGGCAGCCUCCAAUUUUUAGGCAAUAUCCCCAGAGCUGUGUACUGUAAAUGCCCAACACUUGAGUCUUACUCAGGCACAGUGGAAAUACACCAUUUUAGAAGAUGACUGAUAAUGUCUGUUUCUCUUCAGAGAAGCAUUAAGGGGUAAAGAAAUGUAACUGUGGGCAAUAGAGUUUCUGAGUGAAACCAGUAGUAAUAGGGUGAAAAUGUAUAGUCAUCAAGUGAAAAACAGGAACGGAUCUAUGUUUAUGAUGUCUUUAUAGGGCCUAAAUUGUUCUUUAAUUGCAAGUGGCAGUCUCUGAAGUCAUUUGUGAGCUUGUAUGACUUUUGUAUUUAGCAAUGUUGCAUGCUCACAUAAUUGAUAUUAAAAGUAAUACAUUUUUCUGAAAUGUA